AUGAAGAAAGAUAGCGGCGCUGGACAGAUAAGGGGAACACUCCCCGACAAAACGCACAUAGAAAAGUACCAUGCAAACCCAUUCACGAACUCGAAAGAAGAUUACUACAAUGAGAAAACAUUGAGAAUAUUAUGUUCCAUACUGCUAUCUAAGAAUAUAAAAAGGGUAGACUGUGUACUGCUCGAUUUGCUGUUUCAUUUUUUUGUAAAAAUGGUUAAAACGAUUGGAAUGAAUUGCAGGAGGUUCUCUUCCCUCAGAGGAAGUGUUGUUGUGAAUUACAUCGACAUAAAGCAUUGCACCAAAUUGGCCUUAAGUAAUUUGUACGAGGAAAUUUACACGUUGAGCAAUCUUAAUGACCUCUUUGAAGGUUCCUCAUUUGAAGCUGAAGAACAGGACGAUACCGCUAGGAGCAAAAAUUAUAAUUAUAUCAACGUUUUGCAAGACUCGUACUUAUACUACAAACAGCUGUGUAUGAAACAGAGGGAAAAGUACGACUCGAUGGAGAACUUCGAUGGUACCAACCCUUUGGACAGUCUUCACAAUAUGGCCAACUUGAACUAUCUCAACAUUGGGAACAACUCUUCAUCGAAUGAAAAUGUGAAUGUUUUAUUUUUAAAUGAAAAUAUCGAUAUUGAGAAGUACAAAGAAAUUAUGGCAUUAAGGAAAAAAUAUGUACAUGAUCAUAUGCCGAUUAUUCCACUGUCGCUAAAUCGGAAAGAAAAAAAAACGGGACUUUACAAUGAAAAAGCGGAUUAUUACGAGGAGUUCUCUUCCUCCCAUAGCUCUUCCUCCAAGUCGUCAUUGUCUUCGUCAUCCGAAUCGUCUCCUCCCUCCAGUGAUGAUUUGGAGUUCUUCCACCACAUGAACGAAAACGUCCGCGAGGGGCAGAAGCUUGAGAGUGACACAAAGGAAGACAUGGGGCAGGAGAAGAUGAACGAAUUGGGGUUGAGGGAGCACCUGAAGAAUCAUUCAUUUUUUAAUAAAGAUGGAUUACUAUUAAGAAGCCACGGAUGGUUAGCAAAAGACACCACAGGCGUUAUAAUACUACUUCAUGGAAUUCAAUGCCAUGCGAGACUAAACUUCUUAAGACAGCAUGUAGAGGUAGUAAUCGACGAUGACGUUAUAGUGAAUGAUGAAAAUAAUGGCUAUGUUUAUGAAGGUAGCUGCACACAAUAUUUUAGUAAACCUGGGUAUUAUUUCUGUGGAUUAUAUUUAGGAGGUUACUGUGUAUGGUGUGGCUCAGAGAAGCUGAGAAAUAAUGUAAAAGAGUUUGAUGAUUUCACCUAUGAUGUAAUGCAGUAUAUUGAGAACCUUCAGGAUAGCUUAAAUGUUUGUAAUGUUUAUGAUGAGGAGGGAUCUGAGUUUUCCAUUGCGGGAUGA